AUGAUAGCCAAGAUCCGCAGAGUAGCCGUUAUCGGCGCCGGCCCUUCAGGUGCAAUCGCAACUGAUGCACUAGUCAAGGAACAAUUUUUUGAUACGGUCCGAGUUUUUGAUCGGCGAGCCGAGCCAGGCGGAACAUGGAUCUAUACGCCGCACUUGCCAGCCGCUAUACCGUCCCUGCGAGCUGUGCUCGACGGGAAGGCGGAUGCUCCUGUACCCAUCCCUACUCAGCUCCCAGCAUUCACCCCCAAGUCAGAAGCCAUCAACAACCAUCAGAUCCGAUUCUCAGACACCGCUCAGCAUGAACACCUGCACACUAAUAUCACACCGGAGAUCAUGAGCUACACAACGGAACCGUUCCCAGACACUCUAACAGACCGUAUCCGGGAGAAGUACGGCGAUGACGCUCCGUUUCGUGGUCGGGAGCAAAUUCGGGAGUGGGUUGAGAACAUCUUUGUCCGGAACGGUCAUGAGAAGUUGCUUGAGCUCAACACAACCGUGGAGCUCGCCGAAAAGAAGGGCGAAGAAUGGGUGCUCACUCUAAGAAAGGAACUCCCUGGCAAAAACCAAUGGUGGCAAGAGACAUUCGACGCGCUCAUUGUGGCUACUGGUCAUUACAACAUUCCUUGGAUCCCCAACAUCGAAGGAAUUGUAGAGUAUGACCAAAGGUUCCCGGGACGAAUUGUGCAUAGUAAGCACUUCCGCGGAUCAGAUAAGUAUAAGGGCAAGAGAGUCAUUGUAGUUGGCGGCUCAGUUUCAUCUCACGAGCUCCUGCACGAGGUCCUUCCCAUUGCUCAGCAUCCGGUUUACGCCUCACUUCGUGGGGACCCUAUUCCACACUUUGGCUGGGCGCCAUUUACGCACCCGCACAUAUCUAUCCGGAAGCAAAUCGUCAACUUCUGUCCCAAAUCAGGCGCCAUCACGUUCGCUGAUGGCACGGUUGUUCGAGAUGUGGACCACGUCAUCUUAGGGACUGGUUACACCUUCAGCUUCCCUUUCCUUCCGCAGGUUCAGAAGCGUGUUUUGCAAGCCGACCGUCGUUUGCCAGGUGUCUAUUACCACACGUGGGACAUUGAGGAUCCUACACUCGCCUUUUUGGGCAUGUGCGGGGGAGGCUUCACGUUUCGACUUUUUGAAUGGCAGGCUGUCGCAGUUGCCCGUCGCCUUGCUGGUAGGGGUAACCCAUUGCCAUCCAAGAAGGAACAAAAAGAGUGGGAAAGGAAGCGCGUGGCGGAGUUUGGAGGAGGAAAGGAAUACUACACCAUUGCGCCCUUCUAUAAGGAGGUGUUUGAGUACUUCCGGUCAAUUGCGGGAGAUCCAGCCCCAGGUACGACUGGUCGCGUACUGCCGCCGUUUGAUGACGGCCUAUUGGACAUCUGGGCUUCGAUGGGCUCAGCAAAGACUAAAUCUUGGGAAAACUCCAAAAAGAGGGCCGAGGCAGAGGUUGAAGAUCAAUUCAUCAGGCCGAGACUGUAA